GAAAACUGCCUCUGUGACAGUGAAGAGAUGUUGUUGGUAACUCUACAACAGGUUGGUGGAACGGAGGAAGGUUAUCUCUUGGCUCACCACAUCCCUCUGAUGGGAGAGAUGCCUGCCACAUCAGUGAACCGGUGUGGAUGGACAGUGGCACCCAAGUAGGCACAGCAGCAUGAAUACCUGGGAUGAGAAGAUGCCUGCGUUUGUCCGUCUACAGAGUGCUCUGAGGAAUUUCUGUUGUGUAGAGUUGAAGUAUGUCUGAAAAGGGCUUAUGCAAAUUCAUGGUGGAGAUGUGUUUCGGCAAAUAAAAUAGCGAUACUUCAGAGGCAACUUUUGUGUCAAGAAAUCUUGGAACUGCAGCUGUAGUCAACUCUUUGUGGCCCGCAGGCGGAUGGUGUUUGUUGGUGAACCCAAUUUGCCAUGCCUCGAAGAACUGCUGUGGUGCUGGCAUUGAGCUGGUAUACGGCAGUUAAUGAGUGAGACUGAUUAAAAAGCAUCCUGGAAAGUGAGACAUCAUAAACAGAGGGAAAGCCCAUUGGGAAUGAGACCCUGAGAAGUCUGGGAGCCUGCUCCACAAAUCCUACUGCCACUAAAAUUCUGACGGCAGGAUGGUGUCAGACUCUAGAAGAUGAAAAUAUCCUUCUGAUGAACAGAAGAAGAACCAAAAAGAUUAUAUUGAGGAGCCCUGAAUGCAAAUAAAUUUCUGUAAUUUCAAAUCAGAAGAGUAUGGAAGCAGAAAAGCCAUGCAGAUAAAGUUAAGUACUGAGCAUAACUCUGAAAAUUGACUGGCAGCUAUCAGCAAAUUGGAGACAGGGAAACUUUCUGAAGUAUUUGCCUUCUAAACUGUUAUCGUUGUCUGCAGUCUUCUUGGAACCAGAUUUCUAUUUGCUGACUGCAUAGCAUUUUGUUGGAAGCUUUUUACUGAAAAUACAAGAAAAAACAUUUGAAUUGCUUUUGGAUUUCUUAUAGGAUUUUGUUUUAUUUUUAAAGCCUCUGAGCUGGAUGGGUAUUUCAUUCCUUCUCAUUUUUUGUUUUUCUUCUAAAUAUCUUCUUUGUUGUCCUGCACAAAGUGGAAUGUAAAAUAAUUAAGCAAGUAAUUUGUGAGUCUCUGACUACAAAAUAACAUUCCCCCUGACAUUGUCAGUAAUUCCAUUUUUAACUAAAGUUUUGACCUGUAGUAGAGACAAUAACAAAUUGUUUUAGUCUUCUCGUAGUUCUAGGUUUGCAUUAUAACUUAAAAACCUGUCCCAAUCUACCGAGAUUUUUGUAUACUUCAUGAUGAUACGAUUCUCACUUAAAUCCCAAUGACACCUUAGUUCUUAAAUUGCUUACAGUUUAUUGUUCCCACCCCCGCUAGUUAAUCUAUUUCUCAACACUACAAAAGGAGCAGAAAAUCCCCAGUCAAAAAUUAUCAAUGCUAGAUUAUCUACAUGAAACAAAUACUUUUAGGUAUUUUGCCCUCCUUUGACAUUUGAAACCAGACUACCGCCUUCCUACAGGGCUGCUUUCCGAGGCUCACAAACAGCUCGGCAUUAUACAGAGAAGACUCAGCUCGGUUUUCUAAACAACUUUUUCAUGCCAUGCCACCCACACAAAAGAGUUUGGGGCUUUCCUCGCCUCUUCAGUCUUGAUAUACUUCCUUUUUUAUUCCCGUGUCUCCAGUCAGUGUGGCAAUCCGUGGCCUGGAGGCUUGGCUUGUGACUCUUUGGAUUUGCUCGAUGCAAUAAGCUGAUAUACAAAUGCCUGGAAGGAUUGUCAAGAGUGGAUUUUUAUGGAAGAACAGGGCUGUUCUGAGUGUUGGACAGGUUAAGCCCUGUGCUUUCAGAGGAGCUCUCUGAAAAGACACUGAGCAUUGUGUGUUGCGGUUGCAUAGUAAUACCAUGGUCCUUGCUCUGUGAUGAAUAAUUCAAAUGAAAGUGGCUGGUGGGCUACAAAUAAUUGGAACAGAUUUUGGGCAAGCUAAUGGCAGGUUGCCCUCUAUGGACAGCGGACAGCCAGCCCAGGAGGGAAAAGUUGUGCUGAAGAAGAAAGUGACGCUCUUGAGGGGCAUAUCCAUCAUAAUUGGCACUAUCAUUGGAGCUGGCAUCUUCAUCUCUCCCAAAGGCAUCCUGAAGAACACGGGCAGCGUGGGCAUGUCCUUGACAGUCUGGACAGCGUGCGGUAUCCUCUCGCUCUUUGGUGCCCUCUGCUAUGCUGAACUAGGAACAUGCAUUAAGAAAUCUGGUGGUCACUACACCUACAUCCUGGAGGCCUUUGGCCCAUUACCUGCUUUUGUGAGAGUCUGGGUUGAAUUACUCAUCAUUCGCCCUGCUGCCACAGCAGUGAUAUCAUUGGCAUUUGGACGUUACAUUUUGGAACCUUUCUUUAUGCAGUGUGAAAUCCCAGAACUUGCGAUUAAACUUAUUACAGCUGUUGGCAUCACGCUGGUGAUGGUCCUGAAUAGCACGAGUGUCAGCUGGAGUGCCCGCAUUCAGAUUUUUCUUACGUUUUGCAAGCUUGUAGCAAUUCUGAUAAUUAUAGUCCCCGGAGUUAUCCAGCUAAUUAAAGGAGAAACACAGCACUUUAAAAAUGCCUUUGCGGGGAAUGAUGCCAGUGUUAUGGGAUUACCACUUGCUUUCUAUUCAGGAAUGUAUGCCUAUUCAGGCUGGUUUUACCUCAAUUUUGUUACUGAAGAAGUGGAAAACCCUGAAAAAAACAUACCCCUCGCAAUAUGCAUUUCAAUGAUUAUCGUCACAGUUGGCUAUGUGUUAACAAACGUGGCUUAUUUCACUACAAUCAGUGCUGGGGAAUUGCUGCUUUCAAAAGCUGUAGCAGUGACCUUUGCGGAACGACUAAUGGGGAACUUUUCUUUAGCUGUACCAGUAUUUGUUGCUCUCUCCUGCUUUGGAUCUAUGAAUGGUGGCAUUUUUGCAGUCUCCAGGAUGUUCUUCGUUGCAUCCCGCGAGGGUCACCUUCCGGAAAUUCUCUCCAUGAUUCAUGUCCGCAAGCACACUCCUCUGCCAGCUGUCAUUGUUUUGCAUCCUCUCACAAUGAUAAUGUUAUUCAACGGGGAUCUCUACAGCCUCCUGAAUUUCCUCAGUUUUGCCAGGUGGCUUUUUAUUGGACUAGUAGUUGCUGGGUUGAUUUAUCUCAGAUAUAAACGUCCUGAUAUGCCUCGUCCUUUCAAGGUGCCUCUAUUUAUUCCAGCGUUGUUUUCCUUCACCUGCCUCUUCAUGGUUGCACUGUCACUUUACUCUGAUCCAGUGAAUACAGGGAUUGGAUUUGCAAUAACCCUGACUGGAGUUCCUGCUUACUACCUCUUUAUUGUAUGGGACAAGAAGCCAAAGUGGUUCAGAAAGCUUCUAGACAGGGUAACCGUAACGUUGCAAAUCCUCUUGGAAGUUGUCCCAUCAGAGGAAGACCAGAAAUCAUGAUCUUCGUGUACAGCUUUUGGCUUGGUGUUUCAUUUCAACCUGAGGAAGAGGGUAGGGACAUUUCUCCCUCUACCUAACAUUCUGCAAACUGGAGGAACAAGUCACAGCUGAGAUGAAUACCAAGCAAGUCAGUUACCAGAACUGUAUUUUAUGAUGUUGCAAUUUUUUUUUUUAAUGUGGUUCGUUUAUAUGUAGAAAGCAAGAACUCAUGCUAUGAGGGAACUCAUCUCUUCACUAUUUCUUUUGUUACAGUGUCAUAUUUUAACAAACCGUAGGUUCGUUAAACUAGGAUUUUGGUUGCAUUGUCACUGAAAAUAGGUUUAAGCAAUGUGUAAGUAAUAGUCAGGUGUACUGUGAAGAAUGUAUCCUGCUUGCUGUCCCUGAAGAACGCAACUCUCACCAGAAAGGGCGAGAUAAAGCUCUGCUGAGUUUCACUUACUAAUGUUUUUCCCGUCACUCCAUUUGGCAGCCCGAUGUGACUUCUUUUGCCUCACUGGGAGCACCAGCACACUGAUGCAGAAGCACAGCAGUUUCUUCAUUCCAGACUUUUUAUACUAUAGCUGAUGGGAGCAUCUUCUGAGAAUUAAUAUUUCUGCCAGUGGGGUAGGAAGAUUUUAGCCUGGGGACAGUAAUUUCAUACCUGUUAAAGUUUCUACCAGUCUGGAAAUGAUUGCUGUUUUUACCAAUGUUUCUUUGUCUACAUAUGUAUAGGAAAUACAGCAACUGAGUAAUCAUCUUCAAAUGAGUCAAAACAUUUGAAUGCGACCUCCGUUGCUGUAUUAAUAUUUUCUCUAUGGAAGCAUAUGGACCUGCAGCUAUCAGUCAGGGAAACCUGAUUUUAAAGUUUUAUAUCAUUGUUGGUGGGCAGAAAUGAGUAAUAGUCACUGGUGGGAAGACUGUAUAGACAUGGCAAUAAAUACAAUACCUUUUUUUGAAUAAGGUAUAAGGCAAGCUACAACAGAUUUCUUGAAUGGAGUAGGGUAUGCGCCUAAUCUGUGGGCUUUUCAUUCAAGCAUACUCCAAUUAACUGGGCCUUGAGACACCAAGGAAGAGGUGCUCUGCCAAUGUCAUCAUCUUCAUGGUUGUAUCUCAGCAGAAACAGAGAAAGGCCAUCAAAACUGAUAAAAUCAAAUGCAAUUCAUCUUCAGAAUGAUGUUUGAGCUGAGAUUUGGCUCAAAUAUGAGCUGAAGUUUUGCCCUUUUUUUAAGAUAGUUGUAGAUAAAGAAAUUUUCUAAUGCUUAGAAAUUCAGUUUUAUAUUGUUAGUUGAAGACUACUCAACCUUAAGAUUAAGGUUUGUUAUCACUCUGUUAAGAAUAUAAUGCUUAAAUAUUGAAUGCACUACUUUUUGAGCUGUUUGCUAUCAGCAAGUCAUAUGUUUCAUGAAAACUUUUAUGGAACUAAGCAACAUUAAACUUCCUAAAUUGGGAGAAAAGCACAACUAGUAGCCAGACCACUACAGUAAAGGGAGACUGUGUGUUGUAUAUGUGUUGUAUAUAUCCAGAACAUCUGCCAUUUUAAGGGUGUACAGUAAAAUGUCUUAAAUUUAUAUGUGUUUUUCUUUCUUGUAUUUCUAUGGUGGAAUUUCAUAGAAGUAGGGAAAUGGGAGUAACUGAUUAUGUAGAAGAGCAGUAAUUUAAGACACAGAAAACAUUUUGCAAACAAUUUUUUCUUUAAAUGUUUUCUCUUUACAUUAACUUAAAGUAUUAUUUGAAACUCUUUUAGGCAAACAUUUUGAGAGAGAUUUUUAUGUUGACAGUGCAUGUGUUUAAUUACUAUUUACAUUUGGGUCAGAAUUCUACUUUUGGGGCCAUCUCCUGCCAUCCCAGGUCACCAGGUUUGGCCUGUGUCAUCAUGGAGCAUCUUCAGAGUACACAAACUGCAUUUCUCUCUGAUAAAAAUAAACUUCCUGAUGCCCUCCAGGAGAGCACCUAACAUACUCCUCCACUAAUGGAUGCUGAGUGCGUGGGAUCCCACCAGAGCUAGUCCAAAGCAAAACCUCCUGAACAUUGAUAGUGUGGAUGCCAGGUUUUCAGCACCAACUGUUUCAUUCCAUGUAUUCACUCCUAUUGUGCCACAUUACUUGAAAGUUUGAAUGUGGGCAGUGUUAACUUGUACAAAUAAAUGGGCUCUGUAAAUAUCA